CUACUAGCCGCGCAAAUCAGUUUCUUUAGUUCAUAGAAAUUCAUGUAAAUAAAUGAGAGCUAGCGCUAGUGCCUAUACUACCGCACCGUCUAAUCCACCAUCUAUUCAUCAUGAACCAAAAUCCAGUGUCUUCAGAAACUCUAUAGAACAUUCACAGAACCUUACUUCUAGCAGCAGCAUAGUUAACACUGUUUCAUCAUUAUCAAGAGAUAGACCUAGUAACGAGGCCGGACCUAUGGAAUCAUAUGAUAGUCUUAACCUACAAUACCGUUUGGAAAAUUUGAAACAUUGGAGUUUAACAACAUUCAAAUGUACAAAACAAAUGAUUGAAGAAAAACUUGGAACAGCAAGUGUAACUUGUGAUCAAGAAUUAGAGGAUCGAAUUUCAAUGUUUAGAAAUAUGCAUCAACAGUAUAGAAUAUUGCAUAACCUCGCUGAAAAGUUAGCUAAUAGUUUUCGUGAAACUAUUCAUCAUCAACGUGCAUUUACGAGUCAUAUGACUACUUUAAUUGUACAGCAGCCUGAUUUAAGCGGUGAAUUCACCUAUAAUACAGAAACUCAACGUAUUGUUAUAUCAAAUGGAGAAAAACUAUUGGCAUCAUUAAACCAUUUUGUUAAUUCUUUGAACACACUGGUUAGUCAUACAUUUACAGAUACAUGGACUACUGUUUCUAGUAUGCAGUCGGCUCGUAUACAAUAUGAUGCUUAUCGUAACGAAAUGAACCAAACAAAAAGUAAAAAAUCUAAUGUUAAUAAUAAUUCUGAUACUGUCACACCCACUACGAUUACAAUGUCAGGGAAUUCAUUUGCCACUGACUCGAUUCACGAUAAUCAUAAUUUACAAUCACGAUUAGAUGCAGCUUGUGAACGGUAUUCCCAAUUGAGAAAAGCUGUUCUAUGUAAAUUGGAAUUUUUACAAGAAAACAGGUUGCGUGUUAUGCAACACCAACUAAUGCUUUUACAGAAUGCAACAUCAGCAUUCUUUUCUGGAAAUAAUCAACAAUUGGAUCAAAUUUUAAACCAGUAUAAAAUCAAAUUGUCAGAUACACAAAAUGGAGUUAGCCACUAACUAGUUCUUUCGUUUUCCAUUUGUUACUGUUUCAUUUGCAUUUCCUUUAUAUAAUAUGAAAUAAACACAUGUGAUUAAGUUUUGCCUUGUGUCUACUGUGCGCCCAUUAAGUGAUAUACAUUCAUACAAAUGAACUAGUAAUAUUUCUUUUGACAGAUCAUUUUCAACUCAUGUAUGUAUUUACACAUAAGUGCAGAAUUUGUGACUUAAGUGAUAUUAAUUAUGGACAUUUACAGUGUUUUGAAUUUCGAACUCUUUAAAUAUUCUUACCGUUUUUUAUUUGGUAAUGUGUUAUUCCGUUUGUAUUUACUGUUUAUGUUGUUGCAUAUCUUCAGAAAUCUAUAUUUACAUUUAAGUAGUAA